CAUAAAUAGUGAGCAUUUGUCAAUUUUAUUACAUUAUUUAGAUUUUUUUUAAUGUGUAUAUAUUAACGGAGGAUAUGAAAAUUAUCGUGAAUUUUAGUUAGCAAAACAAAAAAGUCGAACUUUCACUUAAAACGAAAGCUUGAAAGAAAAAAAAUAGUGGAAUUGAAAAAAAUGCCGAGAAAUUGUUCAAACAUCCCCUUGUGGAGAUGGAUGUGUCAUCUCCGAAGUGAUAUCCGCGAACACGUACCAAUUAUUCAUUUGGCAAUACCAGGAGCUUAUCAUUUGGUUACUUUCGAAGCGCAGGAUACGGAUGCAGGUAAAAAGCUUAUAGAUCAAAGCACGGCAUACAUGUAUCUUUACAUUCCAAAUGAAACACCAAUGGAGCUGGAGAAUGCAAGUAAUAAGAAUAUAAGUAGGGAGUUGAUGAAAGGAGUGCGAUUUUUCGCCUUUUGCGUCACAAAACCAUCGGAUGAUAUCGAGGAAACAGAGUUUCAUGUCGAUGACGAUGAUGAUGAUGAAUCAAAUUCAAGCUACAAAAUAAACUUACAGCAAAUCGAAGGAGCGGUGCAAAUUAUUAGACGCUUUCUGGACAAAAAUCCUCACGAAUUUAUAAUUUUGGAUUUUCAAAGUUUCCGAAAUAUGCUAUAUUCCAAUCAUUUGUCGCUGCAAGACCAUCUGAACGAAACUUUCGGCUCCAUGAUGUUCACCCGGUUGGAUGGAAAACUAAAGAAUCUCACACUCAUGGCUGCACAGGAGAAAAGCAAACAAGUCUUAAUAAUAUACAGAAUGUCGGAUGUGCCAUUGCACUUCUGGCCGGGGCGCUACUGGCCCAUAAGUAGUCCUAAGGAUACAUCAGUCUAUGCUAACUUGAAUGAGUUCUUCAUCAAAUCUGUGCAGAAUCGAGACUGGCAUCGGGGACAAAUACUGCAAUAUGUUGUCCGUUCGGAGAAGGAAUCAGGCCCUACUUUCUUGAAUUUUUGGCGCCUUUGUUCUGUGAUGAUAGCACAAGUUGGUCAAAAGGCUGAAGCUUGGGUCAAAUCCCAUUGUUCGAAAUUACAGGGCGACAAACAUUCAAAAAUCAAUGUCUUCAUGCUGGAUAACGUGAAUUUCGAGAAUUCAAGAUUGGCAAAUCUACUUGUCUCCAUAAACACGUUAUUGAAUAUUCAGACCCCUGUAGACAUUCAAGCAUCGGAGACUGCAAAGGAAUCAAAAAAUGAAAAAGAAACCCAAUCAAAACAGCUAGUUGACACCGAAAAGAGAAAAUCCACUGAAUCGGGCAGUUCAAAGAAAUCCAAGAAAUCGAUAGGCUCCAACAGAACUUCAACAGAAAAGAGGAGGUCUACUGGUAGUGAACAGUCGAAAGGACAUGCUGGAAAAGUAGGAUACUCUUACUUUUCGGAAAUAGCAAACCUGGAUCAACAACGAUUGACGGACGAUUAAUGAAAAAAAGUGAUCGCCGGAACUGUCAAAGCAUCCAAACGUAGAAUCAUAUAAAAAGCAGUUAUUUGGUGAAAAUAAAAAACAAUUUAAAGCGUUUUAAAUUUA